CUCGCCUUCAACUCCAUCAUAUCCUGUCAACUGCGCCACUUCCUUCUCUUGACGUCCGAUGAACCUAUGUAGAGCCUCACCUAUCACUCAGUCGUUCUCUUGGUCCAGUCCUUACAGUCUUCACAGUCCUGUUGUUUCCGGCUCAGUCUUGCGCAGAUUGCAAUAUUCUCUCGUCAUAUCCAAUUUCCCUUGGGUAAAAGCUCACAUAGCCACCGUACCAACCUCAAGCGACCUCCUGCCGGUCUCUGUGGACGCCAAAGCGAUCUUCUGCCCGACUUCCCUCGCCUUUCUGUCUGUUGGCAUCUUUCGUCCAUUCUGCCGCAUGACCGUUUUCAAGGCAGUAUGACCUGCACAGCGUCAGCGGUCACGAUUGAAUCCUCCUCCACAAGUCGUGCCUCCAGCUCCUCAAGAGACGAUGAACGGACUCCCUUGGUCCUUAGAGGUCGGCGACAUUCCUACAACACUUCGAGACGACGCAAUUCGAGUAUUUGUAAUGCCGAUGCCAUAUUUGUAAGAGUCGAUUUGUUCCUCACGGAGCUCAGACACCGAGUCGACAGGUUGGAAAAAUAUCGGCAGGAGAGUAUCCUGAGUCUGGAUACACAACUUGAGCGAGCCUACCAGAUCUUGAGAGAUGUGCGGGAUUCCUGUUCACCGUACCACUCUGGAGAGCUAUUAUGGGGUGCAGCGCGGCAGCGGGCAAAUAUACUAGUGGAAACUCUAGAGAGUCGAUAUAACGACCUGAUGCCUUCUCGUGAGACCUUCGAGCAAAAAGCACAAGCAAGUCUACGAUUAAUGGAAUGCUAUCUCUCCGAAUUGGAGACCAGAGCACACUCGAGAAGGAAACAAUUGAUAGAUUCUGGCUGGAAAAAAGUCGAUGACUCUAUAACUGCGACACGCGAGAUCCUCGAGGACGGCUUCGACAAGGCUAUUCGGGCGACCGACCUGCUUGCCGAGUCAAUUUCUCAUGCUCUAAGCCGUGCUGGGGAGUCCAGGCUGAUUCAUUACGACGACCUUCCUGCGCCGUGGCGAAAUAACCCUCAUAUUCUUCGUGGUUAUCGCUUCAACCGGACCAAGAUUGAAUGUGUUGCCUCAGCAUUCCGACCUUCGAACGAGACCGUCAACAUCUGGUCUCAUGGCAUAGGCUUGAUCAUCGUGCUUGCGGUGGCUUUCUACUACUAUCCCGCCUCGUCGACGUUCCCCUUGUCCAGCAAUUGGGACGUUUUGAUUGCAGCUUGCUUCUUUGUCGCGGCUUGCAAAUGCCUCAUUUGCUCAAUUAUGUGGCACACCAUGAACAGCAUUGCGGAUAAGUGCCUGCUAGAUCGGUUUGCCUGUGUCGACUAUACCGGUAUCUCAUUCUUAGUGGCAGCCAGUAUUCUCAGUACAGAAUGGACGGCGUUUUAUUGCGAACCGCUUUCCCGUUCGGUUUACAUGACGAUGACGACUCUGCUUGGAAUUGCCGGAGUUAUUCUACCCUGGCGAGAAAGCUUCAACCGUGCCGAUAUGGCAUGGGCUCGAGUAUCUUUCUUCGUCACAAUGGCCAUUACAGGGUUUGCACCGGUCAUACAACUGAACUAUACGAGGGGAGUUGCUUGGACAUUCUAUUUCUAUGCUCCGGUGACGAAGAGUGUAAUGGUCUACUUGACCGGAGCCAUCAUAUAUGCCAGCAAGGUUCCUGAGAAAUGGUGGCCUGGUCUAUUUGACUAUGCUGGUGGCAGCCAUAACAUCUGGCACCUUGCCGUUCUUGCAGGAAUUCUGUUCCAUUAUACGGCUAUGCAGGAAUUUUUUCAUGGCGCAUUCCAACGGGCAAGUGAUGGCUGUUGUCUUGGAUGAUGUUUAUUAGCAAUGAUCUUGGUGACGCGUUGAGCCAGCAAAACGUGGUCUACGAGGAGUGAGAGGUUCGAUGUGUAGACACAGCCUAGUCCUAAUCGUGUAUCUCGUAUAUAAGUAACAUGUUUUCUUAUGACCGAUACAUGAUCAGU